CAUUUCUCUUCUUCUUCUUCUUCCCGAACUACCCCUCUCCACCUUCGCUUCUCUUCCUCCCUUCUCCCAUCGACGCCACCGCACGACUCCUCGCUCGAAUCCGCCAUUUGAGUAUCUCUUCGAGCCGAACACCUCUACCUGAUCGGAUUGGAGAGGCGUUUUGUACAGAUCGGUGGAGAGUGAGGAGGGUUUAUGGCGAACGUUCGAUCGCUUCUGGUUGGCUUGGCCCGUGCACGGAGGAAUUGUUUAGUCGAUAUUCACAAAAGUACUCUGAGGCCUUUAUCGUUGUCGUCAGUUAAUAGCAUCUCAGAUUACCCAUCAACAGACAAGUUACUCGUUCGGGUUCGGUGGUUCUCAUCUACAGGACUUCCUUCUCAUUUGGUGCUUGAAAUGCCAGCACUAUCCCCUACAAUGAACCAAGGCAACAUUGCGAAGUGGCGGAAGAAAGAGGGAGAUAAGAUAGAUGUGGGCGAUGUACUCUGUGAAAUAGAGACAGACAAAGCAGUUGUGGAAUUCGAGAGUCUUGAAGAAGGGUUUCUGGCUAAAAUAUUAACACCCGAAGGUUCAAAGGAUGUGCCUGUAGGACAACCUAUUGCAAUAACAGUUGAAGAUCCAGAUGACAUUACAAAGAUACCAGGUGAUAUAUCUAAAGGGGCCGAGCCCAAACAGGAAAAAACAAUUGAGGAACCAUCAAAGAAUUUGGAAAAGAAAAGGGGAACACAAGAUGGGAAGUUCAGCCGAAUCAGCCCAUCAGCAAAGUUGCUUAUUAAAGACUAUGGACUAGAAGAAUCUUCGCUCAAAGCAUCAGGGCCUCGAGGUACACUUUUGAAAGGGGAUGUACUCGCAGCAAUAAAAUCAGCAGGAUCGUCUCUACAAUCUUCUAAGCCAUCUCAGGAUGACAAAGCUUCAUCAACACAUGCAUCUCAUGUAACUGGUCAUGUGCCAACUCCCACUGUUGCUCCCUCGCAAGACAAGGAUGCUUAUGAAGAUCUGCCCAAUAGUCAAAUACGCAAGGUCAUUGCAAAACGAUUGAUGGAAUCAAAACAAAGUACUCCGCAUUUAUAUCUAUCGAAAGAUGUCAUGUUGGAUCCUCUAAUUGCUUUCAGGAAUGAGCUUAAAGAGCAGCAUAAUGUGAAAGUUUCAGUUAACGAUAUUGUCAUAAAAGCUGUUGCACUUGCAUUAAGGAACGUACCUGAAGCAAAUGCUUACUGGAGUACAGAAAAAGAAGAACCUGAAUUAUGCGGUUCGGUUGAUAUAUCAAUUGCUGUUGCUACUGAGAAGGGCUUGAUGACUCCAAUCAUAAGGAAUGCAGAUGAAAAGACAUUGACAGCAAUUUCCUCGGAGGUCAAAGAGUUGGCCGAGAAGGCACGAGCUGGGAAGCUUGCACCUAACCAAUUUCAAGGUGGAACUUUCAGCAUCUCAAAUCUGGGAAUGUAUCCAGUGGACCAUUUCUGUGCAAUUAUUAACCCUCCGCAGGCUGCUAUUCUUGCUGUAGGUCGAGGCAACAAAGUUGUCGAACCUGUUAUAGGCAGUGAUGGAAUAGAAAAGGCUGCAGUUGUCACCAAAAUGGGCUUAAAAUUAUCUGCUGAUCAUCGUAUUUUUGACGGGCAGCUUGCAGGUAAAUUCCUUUCUACUCUGGAUGCAAACUUCAGCGACAUCCGAAGACUACUCUUAUGAACAGACACAAACAAAGUAAAUUUAAAAACAGAUUUCAGUAUCCACUGGGACGACUAAUCUGACCAAGAAGGCUUUGAGCUUCUACUAGAAGAACACCUGUUUGUUUACCAGAUUAGCGAUUUAUUAUGCAUAUACUAAUAAUCAUAUCACCUCAUUGUUUGGUGAUUUUUGUAUGAUACCAUGAACCUUUGUUGAUCACUGUAGCUAUUCCACAAGGAUCUGUUGUUGAGCACAAGUUGAUGGUCUUCCUAGCUGAUUUUUUUUUUUCUUUUCUUUUUUUUUGAGAGAGAGAAAUUUGCUUGCUAGGAAUCGAGACACAUGAAUCAAAUCGUGGUUGUUUGUAAACAACCAUUGUUGAAGAUUAUUCUGAGCUCCAUCCUUUUUGAUGGGCUACUAAUAAAAUUCUGAGUUUUUAUUA